UCUCGUGCCAUGAACGCCCGAAACGAUCACAUAGCGGUGUACACAUUUGUGGUGUUUUUGUUUUCGUUCAGUUUGUUUUGCUACGGCUUUUUCCCACUCUCAUUUUCACCUACAACCAAAGCCUCCUUCGACGAGCUACCUCAAACCAUCGGAAAUGCUAGCUUUAAUGGCACCGACUACAAACCACGAAUAUCGAGAGCUAUCUUGAUGGUGAUAGACGCCCUGCGGAUGGAUUUCGUACUGCAGGAAGAUAAUUUUCAGUUUCUAAACCAACUGCUCGGCGAUGGAAAAGCCUGCCUGUAUCGAUUACAGGUCCAUCCGCCGACCGUAACAAUGCCUCGAAUCAAAGCAAUGACAUCCGGUGCCAUUCCUAGCUUUCUGGACGUGAUACUCAAUCUCGGAAGCCCCGAAAUGAAGCUGGACACAUUUCUGUAUCAAAUGAAGCAAAGGCAGCAAAAAACAGUUUUCUACGGUGACAACACGUGGACGAACAUGUUUCCGGACGUGUUUCAUCGUACGGGCGAGAAUACCGAUUCGUUGUAUGUGAAUGAUUUUUAUAAGGGUGAUGAAAACAUCACAAAGCUUCUCAGCAUGGAACUGCAAAUGUACGACUGGAAGCUUAUGAUACUUCACUAUCUCGGAUUGGAUCACAUUGGACACGUGGAAGGCCCAUACAGUGAUAAAGUGCCGGGGAAAUUAUGUGAAAUGGAUAAAGUUAUCAAAACCAUCCACGAAACCAUGGACAAAUGGAAACAAAAGUAUUACACAAAACCGCUGCUCAUUAUUACCGGUGACCAUGGAAUGCGCGAUUCCGGCGGUCACGGUGGCUCAACGCACCCGGAAACGCUUGUACCGCUCGUACUUGUUAGCGAUCAGUGUGCGAAAAGUGAGGAAACAUUCCUGCAGAUCGAUCUAGCGCCCACCAUGUCCAUUCUGAUGGGUGUUGCCAUACCGUACGCUUCGAUUGGUUCCAUGAUUGAUCCUGCGCUGAAGAUGUUACAUCGAAGAGAAAUGCUUUACGCCUUGUACUACAAUACUCAAAGACUGGCCUCCAAAGUGGAAGGGAUUUUAAGGGAAAAAUUCACAAUCACCGAGGUACACAAAUCAUUCCGAGAAGCGAUAGAACUGCAUCAACUAUUUUUGAAGGAUGUAACUGAUAUUUCCGUCUACAAACGCGCUUUACUGCUCUACACAUCGGUAUCGAAACAGUUAACGCAGCUGCUCAUUUCCAGUUACAUACGUUACGACAUUGUGUUUAUCCUUAUCGGCACGGUGAUGUCGUUGUUAUGUGCGGCCAUUGCCGUUACCCAACUGCUACAGGAUGCAAACGCGACCGUUUUGUCUUUGCAACCAAAACUAUUUCCCAGCAUCAACUGUAUGCUGCUUAGCUUUCUACUGCUGAAGCUUUUAUCGUUUGAAAAGGAAUCCUUCCAAGAGCCAACGAAUUUCUUCCAUGCAGCAUUAAUCUCACUGUCGGUUGUCUAUUUUACCCUGUGGGUGAUACUAUCUCAUUCACUUAAAGGUAUAAAGAUACCUUCUAUCAGUUCCUCGCUUCUUUCCACCUUCAUAUGGUUCGGUGUAAUUUUCCAUUGCUUUUCGCUGGCAAGUAGCUCUUUCGUUGAGGAAGAACAUCAAACUUGGUACUAUCUUACCAGCAGCGUAAUGGUGCUGCUAACGUUGAAGCAAGUCAGCGUAAUGAACAGCACGAUCAGCAUGAUUAAGCGCUCCAAAACUGAUGCUUCGCUGAUUGAGGUUUGCAAGGAAGAGCGAAGCAUUUUCUGUGUCGCCUCGAUAGCUUUCGCUUGCAUUCACGUGUUGGUAAGACGCUUCAAUCAAACUGGAGACAAGUGGCAACAUAUCCCCGAUGUCGGCGAUUGGUUGUCAAAGGACGAGCAUAAAGUUUGGCUUAGCGUGACCAUGUUUGUUGGUUUGUGCUACAUGGUGUAUCAAAUCUGCUAUAUGGCAGGGCUGCUUACCACCGUACUGUCGAUGACUGCGGCCAUGCUUAUCUACUACUACCGUGCUGCAUCCGGUACUGUGAGGAUGUUCGGGUUAAGUGCUUCCAAUUCAUCAUUUUGUUUAACCAUAUUUUGGAUCAAUCUGGUAGAAAUAUUCUUUAUCGGGUUUCUACCGUUGAUGUAUCGGGCGAUUGUUGGACGCCCAGCCGAAAGACGCACGGGUGAGCUGUACAGUAAUUGUAUCAUCAUUGUCGCCCUGUUGUCUGCCUUACUUCACAAACCGCACAACGUGCUGCUGGUUGGUACACUGUUGGCUACGAGUAGAGCUCUUAACGAGCGUAUCGAUCACAUCGCAGACGAUAAGUAUUGCAGCAUAAUGCUGAAAGUAAUUACUCACUACUGGCUAGGAAAAACGUUUUACUUCUAUCAGGGCAACUCCAACAGUUUGGCCACAAUCGAUCUCAACGCAGGAUAUGUAGGACUCAACAAUUUCAAUAUAGUUCGAGUAGGAUUGUUCCUCACGCUGCACACCUUUAGUGGGCCUAUUUUAAGUUUUCUUCUACUGCUUCAUCACAUAUUCUCGGAAACUGAGCGGGACGUUAAGUAUGUAUUUCUGAGGGAAAGAAUUGAUAAUUCAUUUUUGAGCCCGCUUUUAAUUCGGUUUUCCUCUUUUCUCUUCAUCAGACACCAAAAACAUGCCCCAUCAUCGGCAACGCACAAUGCGAAAGAAAAGAUUCUAUUGCUGCUAAACGUACUUAUUAUGGUACCAGUAAGUUUUUUCCUAGUUGUAGCGACCGUUUUGCGCGAUCACAUAUUUGUGUGGACCGUUUUUUCGCCAAAGAUAAUUUACGAGUACUUCACCGUCUGGUUGGUGCUGAUACAGGUAAUUCUAGUCCUGCUGCUGUUGCCAAAAACGUUAAGCUAAGGUGUG